AAAAGGCUUCCUUUAAGUAAUGUAAGCCAUAGCUACCUGCCUGCCUUAGUGCCUUUCCUCAUCCCGUUGCUUUCUUUGCCGUGUCCUGUCACCUUCCUCGGUCGUUCGGAAAUCGGUGGAUCUGUUGCUCCCCGUCUCCGGCCGGAAAGGGAAGAGAGAGAUUAGGAGGAGAAGCGUCGGCCGGUAGGUCGGUCGGUCGUGGUCGGAGGUGAUCAUUAUUGUUAUUAUUUAUCAUUUAUAAUAUAUAAAGAAAGAAGGAAAAGGAAAAAAAAAGUGGGGAGAACAACACGAGAGAGGGGGGAGAGAGAUUUCGAUGGGGCUGCUGUUCCUGAUACAUCUAGAGGGGAAGAUCUACAGCUGCAAGCACUGCCAGACCCAUCUCGCCAUCUCCGAUGACAUCAUCUCCAAGUCCUUCCAUUGCAGGCAUGGGAAGGCUUAUCUCUUCAAUAAGGUAGUGAAUGUGACGGUUGGACUGAAAGAGGACCGUGCGAUGAUGACGGGGAUGCACACUGUUUCAGACAUAUUUUGCGUUGGUUGUGGUUCCAUUGUGGGAUGGAAAUAUGAGGCUGCCCAUGACAAGAGCCAGAGGUACAAGGAAGGAAAAUUUAUCCUUGAGAGGUUUAAAAUAUCUGGCCCUGAUGGAAGUCACUACUGGGUGAGUCAUGAUCCUCAUGUAGGUGGAAGUGAUGCUGAUGAUGCAUGAUCUACUCGCUGCUUAAACAAGGGAUCAAUUCCCUCAAUUGUAAAUAAGUUCCUUAUUGACUAUCUGAAGUGGAUUGUGAUAAUUGUUGCUUUGUGCACAUUCUUGGCAGUAAGUACAUAUCAUUCUAAAUAAUAUGGUUCUCUUGCUUUCUCAUAUG